UUCCCCAAGAUGAAGGGAUUGCUGCCUGCUCUUCAGCUCUGGCUAAGAGUGGUCACACAUCACCGCCCAUUUCAGACAUUGUAUCCCUCAUGCAACAUGUUCUAACAAAAAACAACUUUUCUUUCAUGGGUAAGAAUUUCCUACAGGUACAGGGUACUGCAAUGGGCACACGUAUGGCACCAUCAAUGGCGUGCCUUUUCAUGAGCCAUCUUGAACAGCGCAUGUUGGCAUCAGCCCCUUGUCGUCCCUGGGUCUGGUGUUUCACUUAGUUACCUGUUCAUGUUUGUUGUGUUGUAUAAUUAUUUACAAGCAAGUGUGUAUUGGCAGCUCUCCAUACACCUAGGCAGAGUAUUUGUUGAUAGUUACCAUUAUCUACACAGGUGUUCGGAAAUGCAGUGUGAGAGUAUUAUGAGCUGGGCUUUUUCUGGACACUAUCUGCUCACUGAUGGUGACCAUCAGAUAGAAUCUUAAAGAUCUCACUCAACACAUUGCUUACAAUAACUACCCCUUUUUGUUAAAGCUGUACUUUUGUCCAUGCUCGUUCCUCCAUAGUAAAGCUUGAAAGGUUAUAGUUGAAAGAGAAAGAUCAGCCUUCUUUUUUGGACAGGCACUUUGCAUUUGGCAAUCUUGCUGCUUCACCAGAGAACUUCUCAUCAGAAUAUCCUUUUAAAAGAUGGGAAGCGGUUCCAGCACUAAAGCACCUGUCGUUGUCGUAGUGAGAUCUGGAAAUCAACCCGGCUCGGGUGAUAUCGGUCGUCGAACAGUCCGCCACAUCACAGUUCCUGAGGUUUGUAGACCAAGAUCUCCAACGCCUCUUCCAGAUGGGACUCAGUUGAAGAUCCUCAGCCUGGACUUGAAGAAAGAUGUGAAUGCAAAGGAGCAUCACACCGAUGAGAUUGAUGGAAUAAAAGGUCUAGUGAUAAGGAGAGGGCAAGCAUUUACCUUCUUGUUAAAACUCAAUCGGAGUUACGAUGACAGUACUGACCAAAUCACAUUUGAUUUUAAGAUAGGGUCCAAUCCGGUGAUUCAGAAGAGAACGCGCGUCUAUGCAUCGACCGGUGGUCCCUCUUCAGGAGGCAAACAGUGGGAGGUUAAGAUAUUGGACAAGACAGAAGACACGUUGACUGUGUCUAUAACUUCAGAUCCUGAUGCCCUGGUUGGAGAGUACUCACUCGCUGUGCACGCUAAGGUUGCAGCUAGCGUUGCCAAUUAUGUGGAGCUUCAAUCCAUCUAUCUCUUAUUCAAUCCUUGGUGUGAGGAGGAUCAAGUGUAUCUUCAGGAUGAUAAGGAACUGGAAGAGUACGUCUUGAAUGAGCAGGGACUGAUCUGGUACGGAAACUCGGCCCAGCCGGCUAGUCGACCCUGGGGUUUUAACCAAUUUGAGGAGAAGGUCUUCGAAGCUGUGAUGUACCUCUUGAAGAAACAUGUGAAAGAAGGUGCUUUAGGAAGCCCUGUCCUUGUUGCUCGUACCAUGUCAGCAGCUGUUAAUUCCCAAGAUGACAAUGGAGUAUUGUCAGGCAAAUGGGGUGGGGACUAUUCACCCCAUACCAGACCCACAAAAUGGACUGGAAGCCAAGCCAUUCUUGAGAAGCACUUAGAAAGUAAAGCUCCAGUUCGCUACGGGCAAUGCUGGGUGUUUUCUGGAGUCUUGACAACUGUCUUGAGAUGUCUUGGCAUUCCUUCCAGGAGUGUAACCAACUACUCAUCAGCUCAUGACACCGAUAGCAGCCUGACCAUUGACAAACAUUUUUCACCUGAUGGAACUCCAGCAGAUUUCUACAACAACGAUUCUGUGUGGAACUUUCAUGUGUGGAAUGAGUGUUGGAUGACUCGACCGGAUCUUCCAGCAGGGUUUGGGGGCUGGCAAGCAGUGGAUGCAACACCACAAGAGACAAGCGAGGGUAUUUUCUGCACUGGGCCCUGCUCAGUUAAGGCAAUCAAAGAUGGCCACGUCUACUACCCAUAUGAUGCAAAGUUUGUCUUUGCUGAAGUCAACGGGGACAUUGUCAAUUGGGAGGUGAAAAGCAGUGUUGAAUUGCUUGAUGAUUUUAUACGUUUGCGUGUCAAAAAUCAUGUAGUCGGCAGGAACAUCAGUACAAAAGAAGUUGGGAAGAAAGAUCGAAGAGACCUGACACUGGAUUACAAGUACAAAGAUGGUUCUGAUGAGGAACGAGCCGCCGUGAAGUUAGCAGCUGGAUAUGGAAGCAAGCCCUUUGUAUAUGACGUGCCUAAUACCACAGACGAUGUUGACAUGAGUGUGGAAGUCACCCCAAAUGUGUACAUUGGCGCAGAUUUUGAAAUCCCCAUCCUAGUGGAAAACAAAAGUUCAGAGCAAAGAACUAUUUCAAUCAACUUUGCUCUGCAUUCAUGUUACUAUACAGGUGUCAUCGCUAAGCAGAUCAAGACAGAACCAACAAGACAAUUUAUUCUUGGACCCAAUGAAUCAAAACGAGUAAUAUACCAUGUGGAUUCUGACGAGUACUUGGACAAAUUGGUGGAUCAGACAGGUUUGAAAAUGACUGUUGUCGGCCAUGUUGAGGAAACAGGCCAGGACUUUGGGGAUGAAGAAGAUUUUCGCCUACGUACACCUGACCUUGAGGUCAAGCUGAUCAAUCCAGAUGAAGCCAUACAGUUUGGACGUAAAAUAGAAGUAGAGAUCAGUUUUACCAGUCCACUGGAGAAGAAACUCACCCACUGUGAGUUUGACAUUGAAGGACGCGGUUUGCUGGCUCCUACAAAUAUCCAACAUGGGGUGAUUGAAGCAAAAGACACAACCAGCAGAACGGUUAGUGUGUAUCCAGUCAAAGCAGGGAAGAGGACUCUGGUCAUCACAUUCGAAUCAGAUCAACUCUCACAGGUCACUGGUGAGUUGGAGUUGGAUAUUCAGAGAUAAAAGAGUUGAACGCUAAGCAGAGGAAGUCAUCAAAGUGAAGCCGAGAAUUGUGACUUCUCCUUUAAGGUCUACUUCAGUAAUGGCUAUUUGCUUACUUAAAAGUGCUUACAAACACCUGUUUCAGCUUACAGGGUUACCUCUGAACUUCUGUACUAGCCGUGAAAUCAAAGAAUGCUAAGUAAUGUGAAGUAUGCAUGUGUACAUUUUCUGCUACAGUACAUGCUUAUUACUUGCUUAUGGUAUGACUCAUUCCUCCAUGUUCACAGUAAGCAGAGCUAUGAAAAUGGGGGCUCUUGUCGUGGAGAAUUAAGGCCAUGUCACACAGGCGAGUUACAGGCAACCAGGCCCAGGCAAUCUCCAAGAAGAACAAACAUUCACAUGUCAAUUUCCACGUGUCUUUCUUGGAGACAGUAAAAUAGUGUGGACAAAUCUGUUGUUCUCUUUGCGUGCAGUGCAGUUGGUUGCCUCCAAGUUGCCUGUAAAAAUUGCCCUGUGUAACAAGGCCUUUAGAGUUAUAGAUACACAGACUAGUUAGAAUUACCGUUAGACGUCUGUAAGGCAGUAACUGUUGGUUUGUUCCAAUUCUGAAGGACAAAGGUGGCUACCUGUUAGGACAGCUUUGAUUAGAUAAUCAUAAGAAUUAGUAUCAGGUGUUUAAAAGGGAAGGUAGCUUUUACACUGUUAUUUAAUUUAAAACCAGGGAGGAAGAUGGCGUCUACUCCUUUGGUUCAAAGUUUCCCCUAAAAAAGGCAAAAACUAAAACCCUCUCUGCAAUGAAAAUUUCACAAAAUUCAAUGCCCACUUAAAGGGACACGUUGCCUUGGAUCGGGUGAGUUGGUCUAUGAAAAGUGUUUGAACCUGUUUGUUAUCAAAUUUAUAGGAUCAGAAAGAUGAUUUUAAUGUAGAAUAUGAUGAUCCACACGAACCAACACUGUUGACCAUUUUGUGGAGUCAAAAACUUACUCCAUAAAAUGGCGUGCCGUGUUCAUGAUGUAAAAGAAAAACCGUGCAAUUUUGAGGCGUGUCUGUGUGGAUCAUUAUAUGUUCUACAUUUAAUACAUCUUUCUGAUCAUAUAAGUUUUAUAACAGGUUCAAACACUUUUCAUAGACCAACUCGCCCGAUCCAAGGCAAUGUGUCCCUUUAAGCUCUUAAAAUCAAAACUGUUUCCAUCAUUCCACCGUUGUGCUGAUUCAAUUUGCUGAAUUAUGGAAAGAAAAUGAAAACUUCUAUAAGACAACCAACUUGUUUCACUCGACAUCACUGAUAAAUUUGAAGUGAAAACACCAUCAACUGUUAUUACUAUGUGUGAGAUUUAGAUCAUGUUUAUACUUGUCUAGUUUUGAAUGCUGCAACCAAAAUAAGCAAGAAUGAUUAGAAGGGUCUUCAUAUGAUAUUUCCUUGACUUUUGGACAGUGUCUCAGUCAAAAUGUUUCUCUAGAGGACUAGUACUGUUGUGAACUUAAUAAUCAAUGAGCAUUCAGAUUCUAACUAAUCAAUUUUGUUUUAACUUACCAAUUCUGAACAAAAAUUAGAAAAAAGGGGUGGGAAAAUUUGAGAAUCUUUUUGAGAUUGUAUAGAGAGAGGAGCAUGUGUUAUUACUGAAACUGAAGUGCCAAAAUGUCAAUAGGCAAACUUCACCAUUGUUAAUACUUUGGUCAAGUACAGAACAGGUAGUCUGCUGCCCCCAAUGUAUCAUAUUUUUUUAAUGAAAUAACUGUUUGUAUAUUAUUUGAGUAGUUGUAUCUGAAUUUUGGUUUCAUAUUUUGCACUCAAAGGGGAUGUAAAAAAUGCUUUGUUUAUAAGCUACCCCAGGCGGCAAAAUGAAUUUGGUACACUGCUGCCCCCAUUGUAUCAUAUCUUUAUAAGAUCUUUAAUAACCUAUAAUCUAAGGCCCUUUUCGAAAUAACGGCUUCGGCUUUGGAUUCGGGCUUCAGGCUCCGUCCUGUCGUCUGAAGC